AUGGAUCCAGCGCAUGGAUCCAGCGCAUGGAUCCUGCCCAUGGAUCCAGCACAUGGAUCCAGCGCAUGGAUCCUGCCCAUGGAUCCAGCACAUGGAUCCAGCGCAUGGAUCCUGCCCAUGGAUCCAGCGCAUGGAUCCUGCCCAUGGAUCCAGCACAUGGAUCCAGCGCAUGGAUCCUGCCCAUGGAUCCAGCACAUGGAUCCAGCGCAUGGAUCCAGCGCAUGGAUCCAGCGCAUGGAUCCUGCCCAUGGAUCCAGCGCAUGGAUCCUGCCCAUGGAUCCAGCACAUGGAUCCAGCGCAUGGAUCCUGCCCAUGGAUCCAGCACAUGGAUCCAGCGCAUGGAUCCUGCCCAUGGAUCCAGCGCAUGGAUCCUGCCCAUGGAUCCAGCGCAUGGAUCCUGCCCAUGGAUCCAGCACAUGGAUCCAGCGCAUGGAUCCUGCCCAUGGAUCCAGCACAUGGAUCCAGCGCAUGGAUCCUGCCCAUGGAUCCAGCACAUGGAUCCAGCGCAUGGAUCCUGCCCAUGGAUCCAGCACAUGGAUCCAGCGCAUGGAUCCAGCGCAUGGAUCCAGCGCAUGGAUCCUGCCCAUGGAUCCAGCACAUGGAUCCAGCGCAUGGAUCCUGCCCAUGGAUCCAGCGCAUGGAUCCUGCCCAUGGAUCCAGCACAUGGAUCCAGCGCAUGGAUCCUGCCCAUGGAUCCAGCACAUGGAUCCAGCGCAUGGAUCCUGCCCAUGGAUCCAGCGCAUGGAUCCUGCCCAUGGAUCCAGCGCAUGGAUCCUGCCCAUGGAUCCAGCACAUGGAUCCAGCGCAUGGAUCCUGCCCAUGGAUCCAGCGCAUGGAUCCUGCCCAUGGAUCCAGCGCAUGGAUCCUGCCCAUGGAUCCAGCACAUGGAUCCAGCGCAUGGAUCCUGCCCAUGGAUCCAGCGCAUGGAUCCUGCCCAUGGAUCCAGCGCAUGGAUCCUGCCCAUGGAUCCAGCACAUGGAUCCAGCGCAUGGAUCCUGCCCAUGGAUCCAGCGCAUGGAUCCUGCCCAUGGAUCCAGCACAUGGAUCCAGCGCAUGGAUCCUGCCCAUGGAUCCAGCACAUGGAUCCAGCGCAUGGAUCCUGCCCAUGGAUCCAGCACAUGGAUCCAGCGCAUGGAUCCAGCGCAUGGAUCCAGCGCAUGGAUCCUGCCCAUGGAUCCAGCACAUGGAUCCAGCGCAUGGAUCCUGCCCAUGGAUCCAGCGCAUGGAUCCUGCCCAUGGAUCCAGCACAUGGAUCCAGCGCAUGGAUCCUGCCCAUGGAUCCAGCACAUGGAUCCAGCGCAUGGAUCCUGCCCAUGGAUCCAGCGCAUGGAUCCUGCCCAUGGAUCCAGCGCAUGGAUCCAGCGCAUGGAUCCUGCCCAUGGAUCCAGCACAUGGAUCCAGCACAUGGAUCCAGCGCAUGGAUCCAGCGCAUGGAUCCUGCCCAUGGAUCCAGCACAUGGAUCCAGCGCAUGGAUCCUGCCCAUGGAUCCAGCACAUGGAUCCAGCGCAUGGAUCCUGCCCAUGGAUCCAGCACAUGGAUCCUGCCCAUGGAUCCAGCACAUGGAUCCAGCGCAUGGAUCCUGCCCAUGGAUCCAGCACAUGGAUCCAGCGCAUGGAUCCUGCCCAUGGAUCCAGCGCAUGGAUCCUGCACGAGUGUCCACUUGUUCAGGCCAAAGGUGA